UAAAACAAGAAGAAGAAGAAGAAGAUGUUUCGAAGUAAUUUCUUGUUUUGCAUUUAAAAUGUAGGUUUUUAAUUACAUUGGCUGGCGUUCAGAUGUAUAUAUUGACAUUAUGCAGAAGAGCUGGGUUAAGGAAUGCCUGGUCGUUAUACUGGAUUUUUCGUGGACUCUGAAGAUUCUUGUAUGUGAGGUUUAUCGUCCAGUUCACUGGUAGUUUGCUGUCCCACCACUCUGCUCGUAAUGUCUUUAGCUGGAGCGCUGUGGUUUGCUGUUCAGGAUGAUUUAUUCACAAACGGAGUGUGUAACACAUCAUCAGCACCCAGCAUCAGCAACAUAGCUCAAGACAAACAAUCCAGCAUCAGUGAGCCCAUCUCCGCCUCCGAGACUCACAGUGUCCUGGACGAACUGGACGAUCGCUUUAUUUCUCAGACUUUACAUCUCAAUCGACAGUGUUUGCGGUUCGUCGUCGAUUUCAUCCAGGCCCGUUUAAAGAAAGACGUGUUUGCGCCCAGUCACAGCCUGACCUCCGCGGAAGCCAACGUUCUGGCCACGCUUGCCUACUACGCACAAGGGUCUCUGCCCAGUACAAGCACAGUUCGGCAGGGAAUAGGCCAGACAGCAGCGGGCGAGGCGGUGAAGACCAUUACCAAACUCUUAUCAGAAAUGAGUCCCGAUUUCAUCACUUUCCCAAACAGUUACAACGACCGCAUGGGUGCCGCACAAGCCUUUAAGAACUUGAGCGGCAUCCCGCAUGUGGUGGGAGUGCUGGGGUAUCUGCACCUGAAGGUGAGCCCUCCGGUCGGGGAGGAGCUCAUGUAUAUGAACACCCUGGGUUAUCAUUCAGUCAUGAUGCAGGUAAUAUUCGACGUGGACGGGAAUCUGUUGAGUCUGGAGCAGUGCUGUCCCGGAGGAACUCCUGAACACACUGUUUGGGAAAAUUCAGACAUUGGCAGACAGUUCAGCAUAUUUCAACACGGUCAUACGUGGGUUAUUGGUAGCAGAAGUCUGCAUGGUUGUGGACAUGUGUUGACACCUGCCGAGGCUUUUCGUAUCAAAAGCAACGCAGCCCUGCGAUUUAACAAAGCACAUGCUCAGCUACACGGCCGUGCACAACAGGUCUUUGGCAGUUUGAAAAGCCGUUUCCAGUGCCUGCGUGACAUUGGAUCCAUUCAGUCACCUGAGUCAGUGGAAUGUACCAUCAAAGCCUGCUGUGUCCUGCACAACAUCUGCAAGAAGUUCUCCGUACCGUUACCCUUAGAUUUUAGCGCAGAGCCACUCCACCCACCAUCUGAGGUGGUGAACAUAAUAGCAGAGCAGCCAUUUGACUACAUGGAAGACACUAAAGAUGAAAUGAUAGAAACGUUUUUUAAUAUUGCAGAAGAUGAAGGCCAAGAUGUGACCAGAUAUGUAAAAGAACAGUUGUGAUUGCAAAAAGCCAGAAACCAUUAGAGGUUAAACCAUGUACUGAAUACUAUUAUUGAAAUGAACACAGACAAAUGCAUGCCAAUGCCAGUUGAUUCUUCACAUAGUUUAUUCAAUUAAUCAAUAAUUGAUCAAAAUAAGUUAAUGCUAAUACAGUAAUAUUUGUCAACAAGUGAUGUGAAUAAAAACAAAAUAUCUAUGAAAGACUUUAAAUGGCACUCUCUUAAUAAUACAAGUCUGUUAUAAGAAAUGGUAUUGGAGUGGUACCAUGUCUCAGUGAUGCUAUCAGCUGUUAAUACCAUAGUGCUUUCAAAUACAGCAAAAUAGUGAAUGAUUAUCAUAUUUAUAUAUACACCAAAAGAGUUGAACACAUGUAUUACCAUGGUACCAUGUCCAGAUGUUAAUAAAAGAUGUUAAU